AUCAUUAGUAGCGAGGCUAGAAAUAAUGUUUCUUGUUUCCUUUCUUCUAACCUGGAGAGGAGUACACACCAAAGAAGAAGGUUUACUGUCUCCACUUCUUACAGCUAUUAUCCCCGCACCUAUUAUCCCGGCGCCUAUUAUUACAUCAGUUCUAUUACGACCACUUAUUCUGACACUUUCCCGAGCUGGAUGGAUAUUCAUGAAGAUGAAGAAUCUUGGUUUUUGUCCAACAAUUCACAUGUAUAUGUACAGUUGCAUCCUGAUGGUACUGUCACUGCUGCUAAACUAUGGGGUUGUGGGACUGUGUUGUGGUCUGCUCAAGAUUCCAGGCAGGAAAAACCAGUAUGCAAGCAAGAAAUAUUGUAUACCAAGAAAGAGAAGUCAUAUCCAAAGAUUAAAAUCGUUGUUCUAAUUACAGUGAUGGGUGUGUUAACCGUUAUGCUUGUUUGUCUUGUUCUUUUCUGGAGAAGGAGAAACAAGCCAUCCCUGGAACUAUCAAUGAGUUCCAAUAGCGGCCUCAAGAUCUUUUCAAACAUGCAAAUAAAGAAGGCAACGAAGAAUUUCUCCGAAAAACUUGGAGAAGGGGGUUUCGGCUGUGUUUACAAGGGGGAAUUGGCAGGUUUCUCUCUAGUGGCAGUCAAAAAUCUAAAAAGCAUCGGACAAGGGGAAAAGGAAUUCCGAGCAGAAGUACAGACAAUUGGCAUAAUUCACCACAUCAAUAUUGUCCGGUUAUUUGGUUUUUGUGCGGAAGGGCUGAAAAGGGUUCUGGUAUACGAGUACAUGGAGAAUGGUUCUUUGAGUUCUCAUCUGUUUUCAAAGAGUUCGGCCGUAUUAACCUGGGAUCUCCGGUACCAUAUUGCACUUGGAACUGCAAGAGGCUUGGCUUAUCUCCAUGAGGAAUGUAAAGAAUGCAUUAUACAUUGUGACAUGAAGCCAGACAAUGUACUUCUUGAUGCAGAGUUCUGCCCCAAGAUUGCGGACUUCGGCAUGGCCAAGCUUCUAGGUCGAGAUUUCAGCAGGGCUUUGACAACAAUGCGAGGGACCAUUGGAUAUCUUGCACCGGAGUGGAUAUCGGGGUUACCGAUCACACAUAAGACUGAUGUUUACAGCUAUGGCAUGAUGCUUCUUGAAAUCAUAUCUGGUCGAAGGAACUCAGAGAAAAUUAAGGAAGGAAAGUUCACAUACUUUCCCAUCUUUGCGGCAAUCAAGGUGAAUGAGGGAGAUGCUAUGUGUCUGCUGGACAGUAGGUUGGAAGGCCAGGCAGAUGGAGAGCAGCUGAGCAGAGCUUGCAGAAUUGCAUGCUGGUGCAUUCAAGAUGCUGAGGAUGACAGGCCGAUGAUGGGACAAGUUGUUCACAUGCUGGAGAAUGUCAUGGAUGUCGAAAUCCCACCUACUCCAAGGUCACUUGAACACUAUGUUGGCAUGGAGGAUUGCUCAUACUAACUUGUUCUAAAUUCUACAUGUUUGUUGGAUAGGCCGGCCUUAGUUAUAAUGCCCAUUAGUCUAUGUUUCUGUUUAUUUUUUGAAGUUUA